AUGCACGCCUCCCUCAUCCGUCGCUCCCUCGGCGGGCUCGUCCCGCCCAAAAUUGCCACCCCCAGGCUCGUUUCGGGCGACUCCGCUGGCCCGCUCGGGCCCCUCGUGUCAUUCUACUCCAAGCUCCCGAAGGGCCGCGCGCCGGCGCCUGCGGUGGCGGGAGUCAAGGGGCGCUGGUUCAGUGGGAAGAACGCCAGCGCGAAGCCGGUACUGGCGCUGAUUGGCGGGCUGUGGCUGAUGGGGUAUACGCUGGACUACCAACGUGCGUGCUAUAUUCCCUCCUCAACGACGACGACGCUGACAUACUCUCUCCUUCCUCCACCCUCUUUUCAACCACUCUUCUCUCUCUCCCCAGUUCAUCUCAAGCACCACAAGAACAACGCGCAUUAG